AUGCAGACUCGGCGAGCGGGGCAGGUGCCAAUCGAAGGCAACUUUGCUCUUGGCAUUGGCCUUCAAUUUCCUGGCGGUUGCAAUAUCAAAGAUCAUGAUUCUAAUUUCAUUUGCCUUGAGACACUCGUGCAAGGUGAAGGUCUUAUCGUCACGCCGUUUCUUAACAGAAGGCUUCUGCAGGGCGCCAACUCGCCGGCGCUGGCGGCCGUGGGGGCGUCGGCCACGCUGCCGCGCGCGCGCACGCAGCCGCUGCCGCAGGUGCGCCCCACCACGCCGCUGGCCGGGCCCUUGUCGCCCGCGCCCGAAGCGCUCCGUGGCCGGCGGCGUCGCCACGCGCCUUUCGCGCUACGCCUCGCAGGCCGCAGGGCCUCAACCGGGCCCUCCACGGCCCCGCGGCGGCCGGCCCGGGCGCCGGCUCGCCCUACGUGCAGCCGUCGCCCCUCGCCAUGGCCCCGCAGCCGCCCAGGAACCUGCCCAUCUCCUUCCCGCCGCCGCUGCCCGACCGACCGCUCGAGGAAGACAUCAACGCGCAGCGGUGAUUCACAGCAGGAACUUGGCAGACCGGCGGCAUGGCAGCUCGCUGCUGCCAGGUCGCCGCCGCGUGAACUAGCCCAGAAAUGGAUAAACAGCCCUGAUGAAUCGACAGAUGAGAACAUGCUCUCUCUUGGAACUCAGCCUUCUUUGUUAAGGGCGUGA